CAUGCCCGACUUAAGCAAUACGUAAAUAUUGUCCUGCCACGGUUUAUUUACAAACAAGAUGGCUGAGAGUUCAGAAUCCGCCCUGCAACAAAUAUUUACUGAUAACAUUAUUGAAGAUAAGGAAAACAAAGAAUGCUCCAGCUUUGAACCAGAGAAGAAAAAGCUAAAAAUUGACCAGCCUGCCAUUGUGCCAGAUUACAAACUGGAGGAACGGUUGAGUGGUAUUCUUUGCUGCGCAGUUUGUUUGGACUUGCCAAGAACUUGUUUUCAGUGUGCUAAUGGUCAUCUGAUGUGUUGUGGAUGUUUCAAUCACUUGUUAGCUGAUGCUAGAUUGAAGGAUGAGACUGCAACAUGCCCAAAUUGCCGCUGUGAGAUAAGCAAGAACUCCUGUACACGCAAUCUUGCUGUGGAAAAAGCUGUGUCUGAAUUGCCAUCCCAGUGUGAGUUCUGCUCCAUGCAGCUACCAAGAAAUGCUUUGGAACAUCAUGAAAGAGAAAUAUGUCAAGAGAGACCUUCCAAGUGCAAAUAUGCACGCAUUGGUUGCCCAUGGCAUGGACCAUUCCAUGAGUCCCCAUGUCAUGAGGAGUCCUGCACCCAUCCACAGAAGUCUGGCCUUGAGAUAAUGGAAUCUCUACACAAGAUGGAUGAUGAGGAAUCAGAGGAACAGAGACUCUAUAAGGAUAUAUUUGGUUUACUCUCAUUUGAGAAAGUUACUUUUAAUGAUCUCCAGUUGAAACCAUACCGCACCGAUGACUUUAUCACAAAGCUGUUCUAUGAAACAAGUAGAUUUUCUGCGUUCAACAACCAGUGGGUUAUUAGGGCUAAAGUUGUUCAUGACCAGAAGGAUGCUUCCCACUCCUCACAAAGAUCUUUGACCUACCAGCUUGUUUUAAAAAGUAAAAUAAGUCAACCAUUAAAUCUUCACUACAUGGUUCUCAAAGGUCCAUAUGGAGAAAUGAAAGUGAAACCUGCCAUUUAUAAACAUGAGUUUUCAAAUGAUAGCCAAGAAACAUGCCACAAAGAACUGCCUGUAAUUGACACUAUUGAAUGUAACAAACUUCUGGCUUCAAAAACUAUCAACAUGAGACUAUUAAUGUUUCAAGUCCCAGCAUAAAAAUGUAAAUAUUACUAUUUUUGCUUGACAAAGUAACUGUGUGAUAAGAUAAACACUCAACAUGCAUUUUUAGCUGCUUUGUAUUUUAGCAAGAUUAUCUUAAUCCUAUCUAUUGAAAGAGAUUUUUUUUCUGAUAUAUUAAUCCCCUGUUAUAUUCAAAGGGGAUUGAUAGGCAUGUUAUAUUAACAGAUAUUUUUAAUUGAAAUACUUUUUUUGUAAGAGCUUUUUGUGGACCCUCUUUUAAGAAAGGGAAGACAUUAUAUUUUUUGCUUUGUAAACUUUUUCAUUUCUGCUGGAAAAAAUAAAAAAUAUUCCCUUUUAUAUUCAGCUAUGAUAAUUGCUUGAAGGCAUCAAGUAUUUUGCAAUCGAAUUGCUGUCACAGCAAUGUUAAAACUUUACAGUUUCCUGUUCAGUACUUGAUGAUUUUAGCUUAAGUAUAUAAAUGAUGUAGGUCUAUCGUGUUAUUUUCCCAAAGAAAAAAUUUUCCAGCCUUUUCUCAGCAUUGUACAAUAUAUGAGAUUUUGUUAUAGAAUUAUGCAUAUAGUGUACUAUACUAAAUUAGUGUCAAAUGAGGAUAUCAAAUAUUUUUUUUUUUACAUCAGAUGAAUUUGUCAAUACAUUAUAUUGCAAAGAUAUCACAGUAUUUUGAGGUAGUUACUAAAAUCCAGUACAUGCAAGUAACUCAUUGUUACGCAAUUCCCAUUAUCUUUAGAACCAACUAAAUUUAAACAACAAAACACUGUUUAGUUCAACAGCUUUUGUAGGCAACAUUACUAUUACUUUAUGUUUUGUAAAUUGUCUCUUGUUAAACAAAAUUUCCUUCUUUGACUAUUUUAUAGAUUUACAUCAAACUUUACAGGCUAGUCCUUUGUUGGUCCUCUUCAAAAACUAUAUAAAUGGUUAAGUAAAAUGCAAGAGUAGGUCAAAGGAGCUAAAAUUGGUUUUGUAAGAGCAUCUCUAAAGCUAUAAAGCUUACAGAUAUUUGUAUUAAUUUUAUUGUUACAAAAAUGAUGUAAGUUAUUCAACAUAGACUAACAAUAAAAAUGCUGUAGAGUCAAAAUUUGCAUGAUUGCCUUUUACAACUGUCCCUCUUGUCAAAAAUAGCUUUUCAGUUGUCAAAAAUAGCUUUUCAGUUGUCAAAAAUAGCUUCCCUGUGGUCUCUUUUGUUACAUACACUUGUUAAGAAAGCUUUACCAAUAAUAUAUACCCAGGUAUUUCAUGCUUGUCAUGGAGUUAAAUUUUGUUCCUUGCACUUAUCUAGAGAAAAAUACUUUGAAAAAAAACCGUGCCCAAAGGCCAAGAUAUUUUGUAUUCAGCUUUUUGUACUGGACCUUGAAAAAUAAAGGUCUAUGAGUAGUCCAGUGCUUGAUCUUUUCUACAUAAUCAUUUUCUGAGGUGAGUGAUAUAAUUCCAACAUUAAAUUUUGCUCUUUGUUCUGUUGGUUUAAAUUUUCCUCACUAACAAUAUUUUGCAACAUACUUUUUAAUUUCAAUUUGUUCCUUAAUAUUAUAAAACACCUUAAUAUUAUUAUAACACUCAGGUCAAAGUGUUUGUAUUACCUCUAAGUCAUUUAAAGCUUGUCAAACAAGUCAAUGGGCAUUUAUUAAAUUUUUGUAGAUUAAAGUUCAUGUCUUUUUGAUGUUAUAUAGAUUUGUAUGUGCAUUUAAAGCAACUUUACUAGACUGUACUUAGUUAGUGUGGGAAUGGUUAACUAUUUUGUUUGAUUUUGAGAUUAUUUAAGUCUUAUGUAUAUAAAAUAAUUUUAAAAUAAAAUGAUAAACAAUUUAAAAGAGACAAUAAAAUGAUUUUAUAGAAGUACACGAUGUAUGAAAUUCUGAUGUGUGAAAGGUAUUUUUGUUAUUUUAAUGAACUCUUUUAUUGAUAAUUUGUUAAAAUUUUACUUUAUUUAUGACAUUUUAAUAUGGACACAGAACUAUAUUUCUAAUGCAACACUAUCUAUACUUUAUUAGGGAAUAGUUACUUUAAAAAAUAGUGGUACAUAUUGUAAAUCAACACUUCAUUCAUUUUGUCAGUAACAUACCGACAAAAUUUGUUAAACGAGUUACAGUGAAAUAUUUGCAAGAUACCUAAGUAAAUAAUGUUGCAUUUGAAGUGUCUUUAAGUGUAGACUUGCUCAAAAAUAUUAACUUUUUAUGUUUUGUUUACUUCUAAGAUAAAAAAGUUACAACAAAACAAAUUAAAUUUUAGUUUAAAAUGAUUACAUUCAGUUUAUAUCUUAAUGAGUGAUCAAAUCUUCUUGAAAAAAACAUUUAAGGAAAAUAGCCGUACAGUUUCAGAAAUGUAUUAAUAUUCAUUAGCAAAAUAAGACUACGUUUUCUCUUUUUAUUACCAUAUUUCUGCUGUGUUAAUAUUACAAAGUUUUGGCUAUUUUUGUGCGAUAAUUUUACUAAUUUUAAGCAGUAGUAAGGUAAUGUAAAGUAGCCAAAAGCAUUUAAUUUCUACUUCCUUGUAAACUUGACAGUAUGUUUACUUUUAUUCAACAUUUCCUAGUUAUAAAUAAAUCUAACAUGUGCAGCUUUCAUCAGAAAGGAAGGCAAUAGUAUUGCUUCAAGCCUCCAACAUUUCAACUUGUCAUACUUUACACACACUAUUGACAACAACUACAAAUGUUUUGGACCUAGGAGUUAUAAAUAUAUUACAGUAAUUUUAUUCUGAAAAUUUUAACUCAAAAUACAUGUAGGUAAAUCAGGAACACAAUUGUUUCACUUUUGUUUCUAAUAUUUGUAAAUAUUCACUUUUAACUCCAUUAUGUAUUUUUAAGGCGCUUUGCAUUAUUUUUAUAAGUGUACUAUUUUAUUUAUAAUGUAUUAUUUAUACAGUAUGUAUUUAUCUGUUUAUGUAUAAUUAUACUAAUGUGAGUAGAAGACUUAACAAUUAAAUUGAAUAAACAAGAUUUCUUUACAGAUCAAAGGUCAAAAAUAGGGUAUAUUUAUAUAUAUAUAAUUUUAUCAUUCCUAGAAUGUAAAGAAAUUUCAAAUGAUAUGCCAGUUCAGACUUGAGUGUCCCUUCUUGCCAGAAACGUUUAUCAUUGAGACAAGUUUUGCUCCAAAAUUAAGGUCAACCUUAUAGGUCAAAGGUCAAAAAUUGUUGUAUUUUCAUAAUAACGCUGGUUUCUGUGACUAAUGUGAAAAAGCUUAUAUAAACAAAGUUUUUAAUGCGAAAUUGAAAUUUAAAGUAGGUUUUAUAGAUAAAAUGUCAUUGAUAACAUUAUGUGUUUAAAUGACAACAGUGGAUACAUGUCAGAUCUUGUACACACGUUGGAUCACAAUAAACAUGUUUAUGUUUUAUUUUUUCUUUACAUUUUAAUCAGUUGUUUUGCAGUAUGUUUUAUAUUUGUACUCAUUGUUGUUUACUGAUCACAUAUUCUUUCCUAUAUUUACAGAUUUACUAUUUUUAUACCCCCACUGAACAUAGUUUGGAGGGGGAUAUAUAGGAAUCAAUUUGUCUCGUCAUGUUCUCUUUGUUUAUUUUUUUUAUUUUAUUUUUCAUUGAGUGCAGAUGUUUAUUUAAAAUUUGACAUAAAUAUGAAGGGUCUGAAGAAUGCUCAGUAGACAAAGUUUCAUUAGAUUUUGACAAGCUGUGGCCCAUUUUGAACCUUGAAAUGUCCUGAAAAUUAAAUAAUUUGAGUAUCUCUGAGAGAAGUAAAGGCAUUUAUUUGGAAAUUAAAUUACCAGGAAUGUCAGUGGCUAAGUUUUACAACACUUAAUUUUUGGCAUGUCCUCUUUUAACUUAGAAGAUGUCCUGAAAUUUAGAUUAAUGUCUCUAAAAUAAGUGCAAGUAUAUAUAAAAAUAGGUGUAUGUGCAUUAUAUAAAUAAAGUCUUAAAAUCUUAGCAGGCCAUGUUUUUCAAUUUUUUAAUUAAAGUCGAUUCAUUAUAAUUAAACCAGCUUUUCUUUUCGGGAGAGACAAUGUUCUUUAUUGUCCCAAAAGUUCUUUUACACCUGUCCAGGCCGAUUCUGUAAAAACAUUUGUGGGGUAUAAGUCACAUUAAGUGAUACUUCUGAUAAAUUAAGAUAUCAAUAAAGGAUAAAAAAGUGUAUACAA